ACGCACAACGAUCCCAUGAGACCCCGCUUCCCGCGUGCAUCCAAAAUGGCGACCGAAUCACUUCGUCCAAAUAAAUCCCUACUUGAUCACCGCUUUGAAGGUUAUAAACUAUCAGGAGACCAACUUGAGGCUAAAUCUAUCAACUUAGUUUCCGGAGUCAAUGUUGCAUCAUCGAGGGAAGAUUUAUUUUCGCUUCAACAUGUGCGUGCUUUCGGUCGGCCAAAUCACCUCGUGUUGGAUCCUUGGCAAAGUUGUGAAGAAAGUGAAAGGGUGUACUGGGUGGACACGAACUAUGAAGUUCAGCAGGCGACCGUCAGGGGCAGUACAGUAGAAGGUAUUGAAAGUGUUUUCAAGAUUCCCACUCCUGAAGAGCAAACAGAAAGGCUCAAUGCCUCAAUAGUGCUCCCAUCUAGCAAGUUAGCAUGCAUUGGAGAUGGUCAUGGAAAACUCUACCUUGUGAACACAGAAGGCAGAACAAAGGGGAGUGACACAAGAUGGAAAUUAGCAGCUGUUAAUCAAUUUGACCAGCCUUUUACUAUCCUACAUGCCAUACAAGAAAGGGACUCAAACAAUCUUAGCUGCCUUUUACUCAGUAUUAUAGAGAAAGAUGAGGAGGUGUCAGCUACAAAAGCCCAUACUGUUUUCUUAACACUUGUGUCAUUUUCACAAGUCAAUACAUCUGGCAGUGCCAGUUUAACGUGUGAGUCCAUCAAGCGUUUCAGCGGUCCUUGUGCACCAGUGUAUGGUGCGAUUGAGCCUGGCUGUAAAGCCAUUCUUGUGGCCAGUGAGAAGCCAUUUCGCCCAACACAAGGAGGUAUAGCUGAAGAGAAGGAUGGUACAAGUGCUGAAGAUGGCCUAUCUGAUACAGAAUACACUUGGUCACAAAGUGGCGACAACGUCACUGUCACCUUCUCUCUCCCAACAAAUACCAACUUAGAGGACAUACAAUGUACUAUCAAGCCAGCUCAUAUUGAGGUUAAACUAAGCAGCGAGAAAAAGCUUCUCCAAGGAAAGCUUUAUGCAAAAGUCAAACCAGACGACUCAACAUGGACAGUUGUUGAUAACAGCUUGGAGAUUGUUCUUGACAAGGUUGUUCCGGAGCAUCACUGGAGCACAGUAGUUGAGAGUGAUGGUCGUGGGAAGUAUAUCAUGGAUGGUGAAGAGGCAGAAAGAUUGAACGAGGUGCACCAGCAGCUUGAACAGUACACCUCAGACAAGAAGAAUCCUGAUCCAAACAAGGCUGACAUGCCAUUCAACAGUCAGCAACUUGAAGAAUGUGAUCAGUUCCCGGAAGACUCGGAGUAUAUCAUGCGAAUAGACAUUAAUUCUGGAGAAAUUACACACAAGACUUGUCUUGCCAGUCACCAGUGGCUUUUCAACACCACCCUCACGCCAGGCUCCACCCCUGUGUUCUGCUUGCGGCACGAUGUUGACGGCUUGGUGUGGCAGCCGAAAGCCAGCUCUGAUAAUCAGGAAACUAACUGGGAGCACAUAGGGACUUUUAAUGCACUUGGGUUUGUGCAAGCAUCGAAGGAGAGUAGGAGGUUUUCGCUGUGUGCUCCUGGGAUGCAGUACGCUGUGCUGUGUGACAAUACAAGGCAUGUUUAUAACUACUACAGGAAUGCUGCUGGACAAAAGACUGCUUUGCAACAAGUAGUAACAUUGGAUAAUGCUGAAGACUCCAUCCUUGGUCUACAGGCCAGUGACCACAGAAUUCUUGCCCUAACACCAAACUCACUGCAUGUUAUUAUGGUCAAGAAAUAAUACGAUAAGCACGCUCCAUCUUUUGAAUAUCCCUUGCAUGUUCUACUGUACUUUUAAACUUGUUAUGCUUCUCAAACAUUGACAAGGAUUCGUAUUUAGCCAUAAGAAGAAAAUACAAUCAAGAGGUUGUUUCUUGGGUGAUUUUUGCCCAUAGAGCAGUAUUCUUGUUAGCCAUAUGCCUGGCAUAACCGAGUUGAUGGCAUUGUUUAUCACAUGUUGAAAUGUAUUGAGCUCAAAUUGCUAAAAAGCAAUAAACAAGCAAAUUUUUAUAUCGCA